UUUCGUGCGGGCGUUCACUUCACAGAAUCGCUUCCUGACGCCAUGUCGAACGCGGCAAAUCUCCCCCGUCGCAUCGUCAAGGAAACGCAGCGACUCCUCGCGGAGCCCGUACCGGGCAUCAGCGCUACUCCGUACGAGGACAACCUCCGUUACUUCCAGGUCGUGAUCGCCGGGCCUCAGUCGUCCCCGUACGAGAACGGCAUCUUCAAGCUCGAGCUCUUUCUGCCUGCUGACUACCCCAUGGCGCCACCCAAGGUCCGGUUCCUGACUCGUAUUUACCACCCGAACAUUGACAAGCUCGGGCGCAUCUGCCUCGACAUCCUCAAGGACAAGUGGUCGCCCGCGCUCCAGAUCCGCACGGUGCUCCUGAGCAUCCAGGCGCUACUCUCAGCGCCAACCCCGAUGAUCCGCUUGCGAAUGACGUUGCCGACCACUGGAAGACGGACGAACCCGGUGCUUUGCGCACGGCCAUGGAGUGGACGCGCCGGUUCGCGUAAACGAUCUUUCCCGUCAUCUGUCCCGUUUCCACGCUUUCCAUCCACCAUCUCUGCUCUCUCUGCAUAGCCAUGUGAGCUAAGGACCACUGAAGAAAUGCUACA